AUGAGCACUAUCAACCACCUUUGCACUAUUUGCUACUACCCCACCAACCUGUAUUGUGGCCGAUGUGAACGAGUUUACUAUUGUUCGCCGGAGCACCAGCUGAGUGAUUGGCCAAGGCAUAAGGUUGAAUGUGUUCAUGCGCACAGCGAGCCCCCCAACCACAAGCAGAUCGCGACACCCCCGGUGUAUCAACAACCGUUGGUAUCUGUCCUCGCGCUACUUUUUAGCCCCGAGGAGGAAAAUCCGCGUCUUGUCACUGUGCAAUGUACGCCCCAGCCGGAGCCCACGAACGGGUUGUGCCCAACACCAUUGGUGCAAACCUUCUUUCCGGACGACCAAAUCGGCAGUGUUGUGCUUACGCAGGGCUUGAACAAUGAACACUUAAGGUUCCCGCUGCACCUCUUCUACAGCCAGUCGUCUUUGUUAUGCAGGGCAAAUGUUAAUAGGGCGAUCCAGAGGAUAACCUCGGAAGCGGCGGCAAAACCAUGGUUUGGCCCGGCUGUAGUCUUGAAGUUUAAUGGCUCCCGUCGGCAAGGCUACUCGCACGCUGGAGCCAAUGAUCUCCCAACGCUUUCGGCCUACUUCUUGACUUACAAAUAA